UGUUCUGUUCUGUGCCGGCGGUUAGCGGGAGGAGCGCAGCGGCGGCGGCGGCGGCGUGGGGAGGGAGGAAGCGGGGGGUUGGGAUGGCGAGCCGGUUCUGGAGGUGGUACGCGGACCGGCAGUUCCACCGGUGGGAGAAGACGGUGCUGUGGGACAUGGUGGAGCCGUACCGCCCGCCGCGCUCCUUCGCGCCCCUCAUCGGCACCUACGUCGCCGCCUUCUACACCGGCGUCGUCGCCUCCGCCGUCACCGAGCAGCUCUACAAGGAGAAGUACUGGGAGGAUCACCCAGGCGAGGCCGUGCCUCUCAUGCCACCCAAGUUCUACUGGGGGCCAUGGAGGAUCAUGAACGGCGAAGUUCCCCGCUUUAUGCAGACACCAGAAGAAGCGAAGCCAGCGUAGAAGUUUCAUGGCCUGGUGGAUUCAGCAAUGGCACCAUGCGUCAUGUAGUGCUGUGCUUGUUUGCGUGAAUAAUACAGUUUGCCCCUUUGAUCUCAAGGCAAUUAGAAUUAAAUGACCAAUUACACAGUAGACACGGUUUAUGCCUCCUUUGUAAUGAGAAACCAAGUGCUCGUAAGUCACUAUCUUACUCCUUGUUAUCCUCCACUUUGUAUUUUCGUCUUCCUGACAUCCUCUGGGGCAUAACAUUCAAGAGUUGUAAUGUGUGAUAUUUAACAGUUCUAAUGUGUUUGAAUCUGUUGUGCCUAUGUACGAUUAUCCUUCAGUAUGUAACAGUCAACAGUUGCAAUGUGCUUGAAUCAGUUGUGCCUAUGCACGU